AUGUCAACAACAGGAAAGACUAUUACAUGUAAAGCAGCAGUUUGUUGGGAAGCAAAGAAACCAUUUGUGAUUGAAGAUGUAGAGGUUGAAGCACCAAAGGCUGGUGAAGUUCGUGUAAAGAUAUUGGCAUCUGGUGUAUGUCAUACCGAUGCUUACACUCACGGUGGAUUAGACCCAGAAGGUAUAUUCCCUGUCAUCUUUGGACACGAAGGUGGAGGUAUCGUUGAGAGUGUAGGUGAAGGUGUCACUAGUGUAAAGGUUGGUGAUCACGUCAUUCCACUCUACAUACCAGAGUGCGGUAAAUGUAAAUUCUGUACAAGUGGAAAGACAAACUUGUGUUCUGUCAUUAGAAUCUCUCAAGGAAAGGGUCUCAUGCCAGAUGGAACAAGCAGAUUCAAAUGUAAAGGUCAAACUAUCUAUCAUUUUAUGGGUACCUCUACCUUUUCAGAGUACACUGUACUUCCAGAGAUCUCGGUCGCUGUCAUUCGUCAAGAUGCACCAUUGGAAAAGGUCUGUCUAUUGGGUUGUGGUAUCACUACUGGUUAUGGUGCCGUAUUAAAUACUGCAAAGGUUGAAGAGGGUAGCACUGUUGCUGUAUUUGGUUUGGGUGCUGUUGGUUUGGCUGCUAUUCUUGGUUGUGUUGAAGCAAAGGCAAAAAGAAUUAUUGGUAUUGAUAUUAAUGAAGACAAAUUUGAAAAAGCAAAGGAAUUUGGAUGUACUGAAUUUAUCAACCCAACCAAAUUGGAAAAACCAGUUCAACAAUACUUGGUAGAUGUUACAGAUGGAGGUGUUGACUUUUCAUUUGAAUGUAUUGGUAAUGUUGAUGUGAUGAGAGCAGCAUUAGAGUGCUGUCACAAGGGUUGGGGUGUAAGUACCAUUAUUGGUGUUGCCCCAGCUGGAAAAGAAAUUUCAACUCGUCCAUUCCAAUUGGUCACUGGACGUGUAUGGAAGGGUUCUGCUUUUGGUGGUUGCAAAGGAAAGAGUCAAUUACCAGGUAUCGUAGACAAGUACAUGAACAAGUCACUCAAGGUCGACGAAUUCAUCACUCAUCAAUUUGAAUUAAAGGAUAUAAAUGAAGCUUUCCAUGCACUACAUGAAGGAAAGACUAUUAGAUCAAUCAUUAAUUUUAAACACCAAUAA